AUGAGGCUUCAGCGGUUGCUAUUCCUGGUGCUGUGCACUUUGGCAUCAUCUGUCCUUGCUGAAAAGGUAUGUCUGACGAGGUUUUCGCCUCAGUUCUGCACGAGCAUGUACAGUAAACAAGAUUGGGAUGGGGAUAUCGAGCCUCACAUCGAAGUGAAUUUACAAUAUUUCAAGUCAGGGGAUGAUAAUGUGCAUUCUUCUCUCUCUGUCGUCAUAUUUGAAUACAGCGAUAUGGAUGCGUUGGGAGUGAAGGUAUCCGAUUAUUCUACACACUAUCUGUGCUCCGAACAGCUCGUUGACCAAGGGUUAUGUGAUACUAGUGAGCUGCAUCAGUUCAUUGUCAACAAGAACGUUACUCCGAAGGCCGAGGUAUUGUCCAGUGUUCUUACCAGUUAUGGCGAUAACGGCUUACAGUACAAGAUAUUGAAAACAGGCUACUACUGUGUGGCGUGUUCGUCUCCACACGGUUUGGGAAAAUCGCCAAACAGAUAUCUGCUCCAGGUAGACUUUCAAAAUUCUUUUGGAAGUUUGCCUGCAGCAGAGAUCCCCAAGCUGAAGUUUCAUGGCUUGCUGGCUGUCCUGUAUGCGGUCAGUUUGUUUGUGUACCUGUUCCAAUUGUUCAUGCACAGGUCUGAGAUUCUCGUGAUACAGAAGAGCCUUGCCUGGCUUUUGGCGUACCUAACGCUAGAAAGUAUCUUCACGUGGUCUUUUUUUGCUUUCGUGAAUCACAACAAAACCAAUUUAUUACACCCAACAGGGGAUGAGAUCAUGUUUUACCAGAUAUGCGUGUCUUUAUUGAGUGCGUUCAAAAUACCGUCUGCGCUUGUUCUUUUGGUUCUCAUCUCUGCAGGUUACGAAAUUGUGUUCCCCAAGUCAAACGGAAAACCUGCGAAAACUGUGAGACUUGCAUGCGCUAUUGGUUUUAGUAACCUCUUGGCUGGUGUUCUUUUUUUCGCGUUCUCAUGUUUCACCGUAUCCCAGCCACAAUCAGGUCCCGCUGGCCGUGGUUUCGAAGGUGAUGACUAUGAGAUGGGGUUGUGGUUCCUAGGGAUAGUGCGUGCUAUUUCUUCCGUUAUAUGCUACUACAUGGCCUUAUCAGCCCUCUGGGAGAUUAAAAAGCUGCUGGCGGAAGACAAACAACAUGCAAAAUUGAAACUGUACCAGAGGCUUUUCUGGGUAUUGUCUAUAUCUGCAUUGUUAAUGAUUAGUACCGCCAUAAUCUUGAUAAUGUUGAAGAUCAACAACUCGUUCACUGCACUAAAGACUCUCAGCAGCCUAUUCGAUUUUUGUUCGUCUUGCCUCUUCUUCGCGGUAUUCACCUGUGUUGUCUUUUUGUUCAGACCCAGCCAUGAAUUAUACCUUUGGGCUUGCAGAAAUAAGGUGCCUGAAAAUGAGUUUUCUGAGGAGCCACAUGUCGUGGCUAGUGGAGGCGAAAUUGAAUUUGACGAUCUAGACGAACAGGAGAAUGCCCAAUUGAUGAGUUCUUCUGGAAACCCACUAGGUGAUACACUUGAGUUUGAUCUCAAUCGGGAACACCACAAGGGCGAACACGCGCAAAUAAGUUCGCCUCCUCCUAGCUAUAGUGAGGUUCAAAACGAUGGCUCAGAGGGUCUGGACUUUUCUUAG